AUGGCAGAUCUUGUUAAUUAUGGCCAUUCUGACCGUGAUAUUGACCAAGCACUAAUUACUUUGAAAAAAGGUACUCAUUUCAUCAAGUACAGCAGGAAGGGAAAGCCCAAGUUUUGCCCAUUUAGACUUUCCACGGUGCCUAUUCUUCUUUUUCCCCUGGAUGAAACAACUCUGAUUUGGCUAUCACAUGGAGAAGAAAGGAAUUUGAAGUUAUCUGUAGUCUCAAAAAUCAUCCAAGGACAAAGAACUGCUGUGUUUCGUAGAUUCUUGCGCCCUGAAAAGGAUUACUUAUCAUUUUCUCUUAUAUACAAUCACGGUGACAGAUCUCUUGACGUGAUUUGUAAAGAUAAAGCAGAGGCAGAAGUUUGGCUCGCGGGUCUAAAGGCUUUAAUUGGUCUGCAGCGAAAUAGACGCACUAGAAGUGAGAUAUCUGAUUUAAAUGAGGGUGAAUAUUCUCAACAUGGUCGUCCUGUUUUAGAAGCUGCUUCAAGUGUACGUAGUAGGCCAUCUCUUGAUUUGGGUCCUUUGAGUUCAGAUGUUGGGUCUGAGCAAGCAAAUAUGCAACUAAGAGGAGGCACAGGAGAAGGUUUUCGACUUAGUGCAGAUGGUUUUCGACUUAGUAUCUCUAGCACACCAACUUGUUCAAGUCAAAGUUCAGGGCCAGAUGACAUUGAGUCAUUAGGAGAUGUUUAUGUAUGGGGUGAACUAUGGUCAGAUGGAGGUUUAACAGAUGGAUCCGGAAACCCAAAUUCGACAAAGGUUGAUGUCUUAACUCCAAAACCCUUGGAAUCCAAUGUAGUUCUUGAUGUUCAACAAAUUGCUUGUGGAGUUUCACAUGUUGCUCUAGUGACUAAACAAGGUGAGGUAUUCACCUGGGGUGAAGAAUCCGGAGGAAGACUUGGUCAUGGAAUCGAAAGAGAUUUCACUCGACCUCAUCUUGUUGAAUUUCUCGCAGUCAGUACUGUAGACUUUGUUGCCUGUGGGGAGUACCACUCAUGUGCAGUGUCAACAUCAGGUGAUGUAUUUACAUGGGGUGACGGUAUUCAUCAUGCUGGACUUCUAGGCCAUGGCACUGAUGCUUGCCAUUGGAUUCCGAAAAGAAUUUCUGGUCCUUUAGAAGGUCUUCAGGUCAUUUCCAUUGCUUGUGGCACUUGGCAUUCAGCAUUGACUGCUUCUAAUGGGAAGCUCUUCACGUUUGGCGAUGGAUCUUUUGGAGUUUUAGGCCAUGGAGAUCGAGAAAGUGUUUCUUACCCAAAAGAGGUUCAACUAUUAAGCGGGUUAAAAACAGUUAAGGUUGCAUGCGGAGUUUGGCAUACUGCAGCUAUUGUGGAGGUUAUGAGUCCUUCAACUUCUGGUAGUAGCAUUUCUUCUAGAAAAUUGUUCACUUGGGGAGAUGGUGACAAAUUUCGCUUGGGUCAAGGGAAUAAAGAUGCAUAUUUGCUUCCUACGUGUGUGUCCGCACUCAUUGAUUACAGCUUUAACCAGAUAGCAUGUGGACAUAAUUUUACAGUCGCUCUUACAACAUCAGGUCAUGUCUUCACCAUGGGCAGUCCAUCACACGGUCAACUUGGAAAUCCACAAGCCGAUGGGAAAUCACCUAGUUUAGUCCAAGACAAAUUAAUAGGCGAGUAUGUAGAAGAAAUUUCGUGUGGGGCACAUCAUGUUGCAGUCCUGACUUCAAGAAGUGAGGUAUACACUUGGGGUAAAGGUGCAAACGGAAGACUUGGGCAUGGAGAUGUAGAAGACCGGAAGUCCCCAACAAUGGUGGAGGCACUGAGAGAGAGGCUUGUGAAAAGUGUAGCAUGCGGCUCAAAUUUGACUGCUGUAAUAUGCAUCCAUAAGUGGGUUUCUGGAGCUGAUCAAUCUGUUUGCUCAGGGUGUCGGCAAGCAUUUGGUUUUACUAGAAAAAGGCACAACUGCUAUAAUUGUGGUCUUGUACAUUGUCAUGCAUGUAGUUCUAAAAAGGCCGUUAGAGCAGCGCUUGCUCCUACACCGAGCAAGCCACAUCGUGUUUGUGAUGCUUGCUAUAGUAAACUUAGGGCUACUGCCUCUGGAAAUGCCUCAGUUUUCAACAAAAGGCCUACUUCUGCUCCUCGACGUUCAAUGGAUGGCACCAAGGAAAGGUCCGAGAGACCUGAAUCAAGGUCUUCAAAGCUUUUGUUGACCCCCACUACUGAACCGGUGAAAUACCUUGAGGUCAAGAGUCAAAGGUAUGGAGGAAAAUUAGAUUCUUUUUCUAUGGUUCGAGCCUCACAAGUGCCAACAUUUCAGCAGCUUAAAGAUGUUGCUUUUCCUAGUUCUUUAAGUGCUCUUCAAAGCGCUUUGAGGCCUUCUACACCAACACCACCUCCAGCACCUCCGGUUCCCAGUAGUCUACCUGCACGACCAUCUUCACCAUAUACAAGGAGACCUAGUCCUCCUCGAUCUGGAACUCCUGUAAUCUCUAGAGGCAUCCUUGAUAGUCUCAAGAAGUCAAAUGAACUUUUGAGCCAAGAAGUCUCAAAGUUUCAGAACCAUAUUAAAACUCUUAAGCAAAAGUGUGACUACCAAGACGAUGAGAUUCAAAAACUACAGAACAAUGCUAAAGAAGCUUCCUUGCUCGCUGCUGACCAAUCUUCCAAAUGCAAAUCUGCAAGGAAAGCUGUUGAAUCCUUGUCUGUUCAGUUGAAGGAUAUUGUUGAGAAGAUGCCUAGUGGAGCCAACCAAAGUGUAAACCUCCAGGCAAUGCGAACCCAAAUAUUAGCCUUUCUUUUUACAAAUGAAACUGAAGCAUCUAAUUCUCAAACUACCACACCAGUAGAUCUACAAGCGCUGCAGAAAAACCAACAGAGUGAAAAUAAAGAAUCCACUCCUCAAACUUCCUUGUCGGUAGACCUACAGACACAACAGCAGAACCAACAGGUUCAAAAUGAAGCAUCCACUAACUUGCCAGCUGAAGCACAACGUGAGCAGCAGAGCCAACAAAGUGAAGGCAAUCAGGUCGAUGAUAAAAGUGCAAGUGCAAUCCAGAAUUCUGAUCAAAUGUCUUCGUCACUCAAGAAUUUGUCUUUAAAUCCCAAAAUACUAGAUGACCAGUGUGAAAGUGCAAUCCAAGAUUCUGAUCAAACACCUUCGUCACUCAAGAAUUUAUCUUUAAACCCCACUAUACUGGGAGACCUACCAACAUCUGGUGAAAAUGCAAUGCAGGAUUCAAAUUUAACACCUUUGUCUACUGAUGCAACUGAAACUCCUAGGCAUACUUUAGAAGAUCGCGGUCAAUAUUCUACUAUAAUCCAGGAUUCCGAUCAAGCACCUACAUCACUUGAUACAACCGAAACCACUAGCCAUGAAUCUGAAAAUGGGGUCCAAGAUUCUAGUGUAAACCAAGAUUCUAAUCAAACAUCUCCAUCAUCUGAUACAACUGAAGCAGAUACUAGACAUGAUUCAAAAGAUGAGGUCCGAGAUCCUAUUCAAACACCUUCGUCAUCUGAUACAACUGAUACAACUACUAAGCAUGAUUCAGAAGAUGGGACUCAAGAGGCUAGUGAACAUCCUUUAUCUAACGAAGCAGAAUCUUCAGCUAAUGAAAGGUCUGAAGAAAAUGGAGGAGUUCAGGAGCCUAAUCAAUCACCUUCACCUACUACGGAGUUUACACCUAAUCAAGGGAACAAAAGUGCAGCUUCAAAACUAUCUAGUACAUCAAGGAAUGAGGGAUCAGGAUCAGAUGAACGUACAGAGCAAAUAGAACGCGGGGUUUAUAUAACUUAUUUAGAACUUUCUAAUGGUACUAAAAUCUUCAAGCGAGUCAGAUUCAGCAAAAAAUUGUUUGUAGCAACACAAGCUGAGGAUUGGUGGCGAGAAAACAGGGAGAGGGUGUAUAAAGAGUUUAUUCCUGCACCACCAAAUAGUGUAAAACCAUCUCGUACUUCAUUGCCAACAGCUGCCACUUCAGGGCUACCGCCACCCAAUGAAGAAGUUUGCAAUGCCAACAAUGCAGCCCCUUGAGAAACAUAACAUGUUCAUAAAUCUCUUGUUUGAUGUCACAUAGAAGUCGCGCUCCAUACUGGUAGCGUUGUAGAAAAUUAUGUCAUACCUGCAUAAUUAUCUUAGGUAGAUGAGAAUUGUUUGUGUUUGAAGAAAUUUUGGUCGAGAAAAAGUUUACUAGUAGCCAAGCAUUCUUUUAUUCAAUAUAUGUACCUUAGUUUACAAGUAUAUUUCCUGUAUUCUUCUUAUAUACUUCGUAUAUUGGUUAAUUUUACAGUUGUACAAAUGGUGAGAAUAUACAUGAAGUACAUAAAAUCAUUAAGUAGCAAUUUUCAUCUUUUGAUGAACCACUAGCCCAUUCACUUAUGAAUUUCUUAUGAAUUACAUUUCCCUAAAUUUGAAUAAUUUCUUUAUAUUUUACAGAUUUAGAAAUAUUGAAAAAGGCUAAAGUUGAAUAACUUUGAUUAUUAAUUUUUAUUUUUAUUUUUUUUACGACGAGUAAAAUCUUCGGUGUGACGAGAUUGUGUAUUUUAAUAUUUCACCAUGUUAAGUAAAUAUUGAUGUGAUCACAUCGACAU